AUGCGAACAGCUUCCUCUUUCGGCGGUGAAUUUAUACUUGAAAAUAUUGAUGCAUCGAAGGCAACGAAUAGGCAAACGAAAUUAAAAAGCAAUAUAAAAUUCUUUCAAGUUUACACCGGAGACCUACAAUUGACACUUUUUCGUGGGAAAAUAGCAGAAAAUAAAUGGAUCCCAUCUACACAACGGACACUACCGCAAAAAUUUUUGGCAGAGGCUAUUGCUCAUAACGAUGACUCUAAAAGAAAACUGGAACAGUUGGAAGAUUUUGUGACCCAAAUUCCAUUGAAAGCUAAUCAUAAUCUCAACAUUACAUCUAUACCUCAUGCUGACCUUUCCGGUCAAGAAUCUUUAUCAGAUUCGCCAGAAUCGCCACAAGACUCAUCAGAACCACAAAAAAAGAAACCUGGCAGAAAACCAUUAACAAACACACCAAGCUCUAAACGCAAAGCUCAAAAUCGUGCUGCGCAAAGAGCUUUUCGUGAACGAAAAGAACGAUACGUCAAAGAGCUAGAGACCAAAAUCAAGGAUUUAGAAUCGCAGACAGCUAAAACCACGCAUGAAAAUGCCCAAUUAAAAUCACUAGUCGAACAAUUGCAGGCGGAAAAUUAUUUCUUGAAGCAAUCAACAUUUGCUUUUGAUUUUUCAUUAGAUAAUAAUAAAACACCAGAGGAUUCUCUUGCUCUCGAUAAAA